GCCCACCGUCUGCUUCUACUGCGCAUGUGCCGUGCACUAGAAGCCGUUCAGGGAGGAAGCUGUCAUCUUGCUAUCAACGCAGCCCGGGCAUUCGGAACAAAUUUAAAACAUGUUUUCGAAUCAAGAAGGCAAAAGAAAAAAGAAAAAGAAACAUUCAGUUGCCAAUUAUUUUGUCUCUCUUCCGAUUACAAAUGAAAAGAUUCUUGAAAACAUCCAGAUUUUUCAAGAUAGUGUUGUACAGAAGGAUGACCGAUUUUCUUCAGUGAUGAAAAACAAAGGCUCAUAUCACCUUACACUCUGCCUGAUGCAAAUAAACCGAGAAGAAGAUGUGAGCAUAGCGAUUGAUGCACUUUUGGAGAGUAAGGUGAAGAUCGAGGACAUUCUGCAGGGAAAAGAUUUGGUCCUUCAAUUUCUUGGUGUAUCUCAUUUUAAUAAUCAAGUUGUCUUUGCAAAGAUAGCGGAGGAUCCUUCAAAAGCUACUCUUAAAGAAAUUACUGAUACUGUAAAAAAUACAUUCAAAGACAAAGAGCUUUUUAAAGUGGUAAAUAACAGCUCUAUACCACAUUUGACACUUAUGAAUAUGGAAAGUGCACCAGACUUACAAGAGCAGGGAGUAAUAAUUUACCCUAGUUUGUACAGAACCUUCAGGAAACAUUAUUUUGGAGACGAAACAGUGUCCAGACUUGAUCUUUGCUCAAUGGACAAGGCAAGACAGCCUGAUGGAUACUAUCAUACUGAGGCUUCCAUCUUCAUUGGUUGCUCAUCUGAUGCUCACACCUAAAAAAUGCAGCCUUAUGGGUCCUAAUGAAGACAUCAACAUGCUCCAUGUUACGCCCUAAGGCAUCAUGCCCACUGGACAUUACUUCAGCUGCUCCUAGGAGUGUCUGGUGUGGGGAGUCUUUUUUUUUCCCUACCUUUAAACACCCCUGCAUGUUAGCCUAUGUGUUUAUGCACACCUAAGCUUUUAGAGUAGUUUAGAGGUAGAGGCAUUUAGCGGCAGGAUAGAGAAAACGAUUGAUGCUUCUAAACGCGUGUAACUGUAAUUAAACACAUCUAGAUAGAAUGUUUCAAUUGGUAUUGUGUAUCCAGCAAAACAUUGGCAAUUUCAUAGUCAAUAUCUAAAUGUAUUACUACAAACCUGUACUUUUUUUGAUGAUAAUUAAUACCCAUACAAUAAACAUAUGGACAGCUGGAUAGAGGGGAUAUAGGGUCCAAGCUAUAUACUGGCACAAUGAUGUGGCAUCUAUCCUGCUUCUAUAUGCGUGGUGUUUCUUGCAGGAUGUCCCUUAUCGGAUUUACAUAUAGAUGGGGGUGCAGGGUCAGCCUUGAGCAUAACACGGCCUCUUUCUGCCUUUGUCCUGAUAGUGAGGCUUGGUCAAAUCCAAGCCUCGCUCUUGGUGACCGGGUUACUCUAGGUUUCAUGCACUAUGGGAUACUGAGCAUCUGCAUGCCAUUCCUGACUUUAUACAUUGGGUGGCAUGGAGUGUAUAAAGAGGCUGGCUGGCCAGCCAACAGCCAUUGUGCUGGAGCCACGAGGAAACAAGCUGAUAGACAGAAAAAUAGUAAUUAGAGAGACCCUCUUUGAUCAUGUACUGCCAUUUACAAUAGUUUUAACUAAUAAACAGUUUACUGGACCUGGAGGGGGCAAUGUUGCUGGGGAUACUCUACAAUCGAGGUUGUUGUUGACAAACCUAGCUACCCCAUUCAGAGAGACAUAUAUUAGGGCUGCGGAAAUUAACGAUUAAUUCCUCGAUUAAUCGUUAAUUCUUUUGAUCGGUACUAAUCCGCGAAGCUCCACUGCUGCCUCGGCCAUAGGAAAGGCCACGACUUCGUCCUAGCUCCCGGAGCGGUGUUCAUCUUGGUCCUCCUGGCACUACAUGAAAGUCCGGCGCUUCACCAGAGACCAGCAAAGAGAAGCAGUGAUCCAUCCCCUGGCGAUAAGGAGCUCUCAACGGUGCAUUCUCCUCAUCUCUCUACGGCUUCCCCAGGACUUGGGUUGGCAUUUCAGCGGGACUGACGUCAUCCCACAGGACGGAACGGAGCUUCCUGGUUCCCCUCUCCCGAAGACACGGCUUUGGAAUCCGCGCUCCGCAUGUUGGAGGGCCCCCCCACAUGCUGGAUCGCAUGCCUUUCGAGUUACAUCUAGCUAAAAGGUACCGGCGGCUAGCCCGUUUUCCCAUUCAAGUCACAUCAUUCUCAUAUCUCAUAUUGGGACCCAUCAGCCCCCUCCCUCUGCUCUAGGGAUCACAGGUGGUUUCUCAAGUGCUUCAUUUUUAAUUGGAAUCAUUUUCAUUCACUUUUACUUAUAUUAUGAUUGAAUAAAUUACUUAUUUCUUCUCUUAAC